AGAGCAGGAAGUGUUUGAGGAAGUCUAGAGCUGGCAAGCAAGCUGUUUAAUCCAGUUCCCAGAACCCUGAUGUGGGUAGGGGGGCAUCCACUGACCUAAGUCCCUCCAAGUGAUCCCCGCCUUCCUCCGGGGAUCCCUGUUCCCUGCCCUGACAACUGCUGCUUCCCCCUCCCCAGACACCAGGCAGCAGUAACGUCUUCAGAAUGAGCUGGCCACCUUCUCUUCAAAUACAGACUUGUGGGUCCUGGGAAAUGAAAGAACGGCUUGGAACUGGGGGAUUUGGAAAUGUCAUAAGGUGGCACAAUGAGGAAACGGGAGAACAGAUUGCCAUAAAACAAUGUCGGCAGGAAUUAAGUCUUCGGAAUCGCGAGAGGUGGUGCCUGGAAAUACAGAUCAUGAGAAGACUCAAUCAUCCCAAUGUAGUGGCUGCCCGGGAUGUCCCUGAAGGGAUGCAGAAAUUAGCACCCAAUGAUCUUCCCCUGCUGGCUAUGGAAUAUUGCCAGGGUGGAGACCUCCGAAAGUACCUGAACCAGUUUGAGAACUGCUGUGGUCUUCGGGAAGAAGCCGUCCUCACUCUGCUUUCUGACAUUGCCUCAGCACUUAGAUAUCUUCAUGAAAACCGAAUCAUCCAUCGGGACCUGAAGCCUGAAAACAUAGUUCUGCAACAAGGAGAAAAAAGGUUAAUACACAAGAUCAUUGACCUAGGAUACGCUAAAGAGCUGGACCAAGGCAGUCUUUGCACUUCCUUUGUGGGGACACUGCAGUACCUGGCUCCAGAGCUGCUGGAACAACAGAAGUACACGGUCACCGUGGACUACUGGAGUUUUGGGACCCUGGCCUUUGAGUGUAUCACAGGGUUUAGGCCAUUCCUCCCUAACUGGCAGCCAGUGCAAUGGCAUUCAAAAGUCCGACAGAAGAGUGAACUAGAUAUUGUUGUUAGUGAAGACUUGACUGGAGGAGUAAAAUUCUCAAGCAGUUUACCCUACCCUAAUAACCUUAACAGUAUUCUGAUUCAGAGACUAGAAAAGUGGCUGCAGUUGAUGUUAAUGUGGCAACCUCGACAGAGGGGCAUGGACCCUACUUAUGGCCCAAAUGGCUGCUUCAAAGCACUGGACGACAUCUUGAACCUGAAGUUGGUUCACAUCUUGAAUAUGGUAACUGGCACUGUGUAUACCUAUCCCAUAAUGGAGAAGGAAAGCUUGCAGAGCUUGAAGGCCAGGAUAGAGGCUGACACGGGCAUCCCAGAGGAGGACCAGGAGCUAUUGCAGGAAGCUGGCCUGGCCCUGUUCUCUGACAAACCAGCCAUGCAGUGUAUUGUGGAUGGCAAGCUAAAUGAUGACCGAAUAUUGGACAUGGAUCUCAUUUUUCUCUUUGACAACAGAAAAAUCACCUAUGAGACUCAGAUCUCCCCGAGGCCCCCACCAGAAAGCGUCAGCUGUAUCCUUCAAGAGCCCAAGCGGAAUCUCCCUUUUUUCCAGCUGAGGAAAGUAUGGGGUCAGGUAUGGCACACCAUCCGGACCCUGAAGGAAGACUGCAGCCAGCUGCAGCAAGGCCAGAGAGCUGCCAUGAUGAACCUCCUCCGAAAUAACAGCAGCCUUUCCAAGAUGAAAAACUUAAUGGCGUCCAUGUCUCAGCAGCUCAAGGCUAAGCUGGAUUUCUUUAAAACCAGCAUCCAGAUUGACCUGGAGAAGUACAGCGAGCAGACCGAGUUUGGGAUCACGUCAGACAAAUUGCUGCUGGCCUGGCGGGAGAUGGAGCAGGCUGUGGAGCUCUGCGGACGGGAAACAGAUGUGAAACUUCUGGUGGAACAGAUGAUGGCAUUGCAGACAGAUAUUGUGGACCUACAGAGGAGCCCAAUGAGCCGGAAACAAGGGGGAACCUUGGAUGAUCUUGAAGAACAAGCAAGAGAACUUUAUCGGCGAUUAAGGGAAAAACCAAGAGAUCAACGAACUGAUGGAGACAGUCAAGAAAUGGUACGGCUACUCCUUCAGGCCAUCCAGAGCUUUGAGAAGAAAGUACGAGCCAUAUAUAUGCAACUCAGCAAAACUAUGGUUUGUAAGCAGAAGGCCCUGGAAUUGUUACCUCAAGUGGAAGAAGUGGUGAACUUAAUGAACGAAGAUGAAAAGACAGUUGUGCAGCUUCAGGAGAAGAGACAGAAGGAACUGUGGAACCUCUUGAAGAUAGCUUGUAGCAAAGUUCGAGGUCCAGUGAGUGGGAGUCCAGAUAGCAUGAAUGCAUCGCGUCUUAGUAAUCCUUCUCAGUUGUUGUCUCAACCUCCUGCAGCUCCCUACAGCUUACCUGAGUCAAUCAAGAAAAGUGAAGAAUUGGUAAUGGAAACACAGACCCUCUGUACCCAGUUACAAAAUGCAAUGGAGGAUACCAUGAAAAAGCAGGAUCAGAGUUUUAUGACCCUGGAUUGGACCUGGUUACAUUCUGAAGAUGGGGAGCAGAAUGGUGUGGAGCAGUCACAGAUCUGAACCCCUAGGGCUGCUUGGACGGACUCAGCUGAGGGAUUUCUCCCUCAGGGGCCUUUCUGACCCUUGGUGUAAUGAUGGCUUCCUGAGCCAAGAGUGCUGUCUGGCCAGAGAGCUCACUGGCCCCUGCAGUGGUGGCAGUUGAAGUUGUGGGCCCACUGGUUACACUUUGGGCCUGGGCAGGAGAGUUGAAAGACCCUCAUGAAGAAGGCCUUGAGUUUUCGAGCAUAUAGGGCCACAACCAACUGUCUGUGCCUUGUAAGGUGCCCGACAGACCUUCUGGGAUGGGCUGGUGAAGCUCUUUGGGCAUCUUCUGCAAACGUUCACCUUUUCUUGACAUCUUGGAGACUGCUUGCCCUCGCCCUACCUAUUCCACACAUACGUCCCGGGAGAUGCCAGGGCCGGCUCUAGUCAGGGAGAUUGGGAGCAUUUAUGCCUCAUAAAUUGUACUUAGCUCCAAUCAGGGCUUGGUCAUUGUUUUGUUGGCUGUCCAGACUAAGAAAGUGUUAACAAUGCAGACUAAACUUAAAAGUGUGAGUGUGUACUCCUCUCCCUGCCCCACACCCUGCCCUGCUGCUAAAUGUUUACCAGCAGGUCCCAGACCCCAGUCCUUUUUUUCACAAAUUCUUCUCCAGUCUGAAAGCUAAGCACUUGAUACGAACUCACAGAGGUCUUUGUACUUUUCAACAAAACCUUCAUUUCCCCAUUCUCCCCCUCUGGGUUGCUGAUAUUAACUUAUGGCUGACUGACUUUGCCCAUCCUUAACAAAACCCUAGGACUUAGGCUACCAGAGUGAUGCUCCUUAGGAUCAUGUCUUCAGCUCGGCUUUGGUUUACAAUAGCUGGAAGUAGCCACUGUUGGACACUCUUUUGCAUGGGGCCCAGUACUAUGAAACUGAAAGAGAUAGACAUAGAACUAGGGUAGGGCAAAAAGGGCAUUCAACAGGAUACAGAAUGUAGAGGACUUACAGCAAUAGAACUAAGUAACUUCAUUGGCAGAAAUAAUGAAUUCAAAAUAGAAACCUAUCAGUUAGUCCAUUGAGGUAAGCUUUCCUCUCCCUACCAUACUCAAAAGAGGGCAUACUUUGCCCCAUGCAAAAAUGAUUAAUUAUAAUUCUGGAAAGAAAUAAAAAUUGCAUAUGGCUUGCUGGCCAUCCCUCCCUACUCCAUUCACCUAUGUUUAGUGAAUGUGUGUUUGUAAAUGUGGCUAUCUGCCUUAGUGUCUUUUACCUAAUCAAGAAAUGUGAUUAAAUUGAUUGAUUUUUAAAAAUUC